CCGGAAGCGGUCCUUUUUCCCCUAACGGAACUGGGUCCGGCGACAGAUUUGCAGCGGUUCCGCUGAACGACGAGGCGGGCUGUGGUGGGAAUCGUUCACGAAGCAGGCUUUCGCCAUGGUGGAGGAAGUGCAGAAGCACUCUGUGCAUACCCUUGUAUUCAGAUCUUUGAAGAGGACUCAUGACAUGUUUGUUGCUGACAAUGCAAAACCUAUACCUUUGGAUGAGAAGAGCCACAAGGUAAAAAUGGCAGUGAAACUUCAUACAGAAUAUGCAUCUGUGCUGCACAUGCCAGUACCAAAAGAAAAUGCAAGAGAGAAAGGUUCCCAAGGUGUAAUCGACUCAUAUGGACAUAAGCAGUAUCUUCAAAAUUCAGGAGAAGAUAAUGAAUAUUUGAUAACAGGAACACAUCCAUAUCCCCCUGGGCCUGGAGUGGCCUUGACUGCAGAUACUAAAAUCCAGAGGAUGCCCAGUGAAUCAGCAGCUCAGUCACUAGCUGUGGCACUACCUCCUUCUCAAUCUAAAAUGGAAGCAAAUCGAACUGCUGCUGGUGUAGGUGAUAUAUACAGACACGCUGGAAUUCCUGAGCGUUCACAGCCUCCUAGUUUGACCAUGGCUAUGAUGGAAGCAGGCGGUAAUAAAAAUUCAGCACUGAUGGCAAAGAAGGCUGCAACAAUGCCAAAACCACAGUGGCAUCCCCCAUGGAAGCUGUACAGAGUUAUCAGUGGACAUUUGGGCUGGGUGAGAUGCAUUGCAGUCGAACCAGGAAAUCAGUGGUUUGUUACUGGCUCUGCUGAUAGAACCAUAAAGAUUUGGGACCUUGCUAGCGGCAAAUUAAAACUAUCUUUGACAGGACAUAUUAGUACAGUUCGAGGUGUAAUAGUGAGUGCAAGGAGUCCAUACCUUUUCUCUUGUGGAGAAGACAAGCAAGUGAAAUGUUGGGAUUUGGAAUAUAACAAGGUUAUUAGGCAUUACCACGGUCACUUAAGUGCUGUGUAUGGCUUGGAUUUGCACCCAACAAUAGAUGUACUUGUAACAUGUAGCAGAGAUUCAACAGCCCGUAUUUGGGAUGUGAGGACAAAAGCUAGUGUUCAUACUCUGACUGGACACACAAAUGCCGUGGCAACAGUUAAAUGUCAAGCAGCGGAACCACAAAUUAUCACAGGAAGUCAUGAUACCACUAUACGACUUUGGGACUUGGUGGCAGGAAAAACCCGGGUCACCUUAACAAAUCACAAGAAAUCAGUAAGAGCUGUUGUACUGCACCCAAGACAGUACACCUUUGCUUCUGGGUCUCCAGAUAACAUUAAACAGUGGAAAUUCCCUGAUGGAAACUUCAUCCAAAAUCUCUCUGGUCAUAAUGCUAUUAUCAAUACUUUAGCUGUGAAUUCAGACGGAGUUCUAGUUUCUGGAGCUGACAAUGGUACAAUGCACCUCUGGGACUGGAGAACCGGCUACAACUUCCAGAGGGUGCAUGCAGCUGUACAGCCUGGGUCUUUGGACAGUGAAUCUGGAAUAUUUGCAUGUGCAUUCGAUCAGUCCGAAAGCAGACUUCUAACUGCUGAAGCUGAUAAAACUAUAAAAGUCUACAGGGAAGAUGACACUGCGACUGAAGAAACUCAUCCUGUCAGCUGGAAACCAGAAAUUAUCAAGAGAAAACGAUUUUAAUGAGAAUCCACCUGCAUGGCUGUGCCAUAAUCCUGACUCUGACUACAAAGCCUGAACUCUGCUAAAGCCAUUGCUUUGUUGAGGUUGCAGUUUUUUAUAUUAUGUAUGGCUUCCCUUUAGGAUUUAGCCUCUCUCUUAUCCCAGGAAAUCAGCUGCAGCUGUUACACAUGUCUGAAGAACGCAAGAGUUUGUUGAAUAAAAUGGUAAUGUGGUGGUGAUUAUAGACACCAAAUGUGUGCAUGUCAUUCUAUGUGGGCAGCAGAUAGCAAGAGUCUUUUCUGCUCUUUUCUCUUUCCUUUCUUCCUUUGGUGGAGAAGUAUGUUUUUGAAAUUUUGAAGAUGAUUCCAAGAAACCGGCCCACCGCCACCUGGUACUUUCUCUUAGAACAUGGAGUAGUAAAACUACCAAGGAGUGGCACAAACGCCAUUGUUGUAGUAAUUUUUGUCUUGAACACAAUGUGCUCCUUUGUCAGACUGUAAUGCAAUAAAAUAUAAAUUUCAUUUACAUUUAACUACUAAAGUAGAGAACAGAAUUUGUGUUGUAUGCAUGUUGUUUUGUUUCAGAAUAGUGGAUUUAUUUUUGCCUAUCCCAUAUUGGAACCUGACUUUUACAUUUUAACACAUCAACUCCCUUCAGAACAUUUGGUUUUCACUUAGCAGAACUUUAAAAGCUGGAAACAAGUGCAGUAUUUUGCAGGAGCAGUAGACCAGCAACCCUUGAAUGGCACACACUUGUUGACUUGAGUCAAAACAAUUUGUGUGCAGGGAGAAAAUGAUUCUGUUUAUGAUGAGUCAUUGAUUUCCUGAUUUUGCUUUCUGACUACAGCCCUUUGUACAGCCUAGGAUCCUGUUUCUAGUGGGUCUGUAAUCUUCAACCACAGCUUUUCAGAGGGUGUACAUUGGGGUGACACAAGUUGCUGUAGACCACAUGGCUCUUUGACUUCUACUGAUUGGAGAGCAUAUCAAGCUAGACAGAGGUUGUAUGCCACCCUGUUGUUCAUUUGUGCCAUUUUGUACAAUGGGUGGGAGAAUGAAUUAUUUUACAUCUUCACUUAGUGUGUUCAAAUAGUAUUAGCAGGAAUUUAUGUUAUAGCUGUCUAUGUAGAAAUUUAAUAUUGCCAGUAUAAUAUUCGGUUUAUAAUUUCAUUUACCAGCCUGAUUUCCACAUAAUUCCCAACUAGUGAGAGGUAUAAAUUAGGAUACCAAAUUCUUAUAUUGUGUCUGUUAAAUUAGUUUACCCACUGCCUGGAUUUUUGUGUUACCAGCAACAAUUGCAAUAAAUUUGUAAGUCUUUAAA